AUGGAAGAAUUACAACCAAAGACGGAGCCCUCUGCCGAGCGCAAGGCUCUUCGCUACAAGUCGUGGAAAAAGAAGUAUCGAAAGAUGCGCAUCGUGUUUGACCAAAAAAUGCAGAGCGGCGAGGAGCUGCACAAGCAAGAAGCAAAAGCUUCGGCAACAGCGAAGCGUCUAGCCGUCGAAAAUGACCGCCUCCUCGACAUCCUGCUCGACAUCAACAACUGUGCCCAGAUUCCCCUUGACAAGCGCAUCGACGUGGCUCUCCCACCGAGAGGCGACGUCAAAGCCCCCACGCUCGCCAUCGACCGCGAUCACGCGUCUGAAAAGGCCGCUGCCCUCAAGAAGCUUUCAGAGCUCCUAAACGCGGUGCCGCACAUCAACUACGCCGCGGCCAAGAGCGCCCACGCGGCUAUCAUUGAGGACCUGACCGUGGCCGCCGGUGAGUCGCACCCGGCUAGCUUCCUGACGGCCGACGACGUCGACGACUACAUCUUUGCGGUCGACAGCCGCCUCGACACUGACGCCCACCUGCCGUCGCUCGCGCCGCUCGCCCACCCCCACAGCCACCUCGCCUCGCACCCGCACCUCAAGAACCCGACUAGUGUCACCAACUGGCUGCGAAAGCACGCACCCAAGGUCUUCCUCCAAGACGGCGAGGCGCACGAUGACGGCGAUGCCGCUGGUGGUGGUGGUGGUGCUGCUGAGGGGGCCUCUGCCAGUGGUCACGGCAACGGUAUAAGCGCACGUAAGUCUCGUGGAGGACGGGGCGAGCGCGGUGGCAAGCCGACGGCCCGGGCUAAGCGUGCGAGCGGCGUGGCUUCGUCGCGCGUGAGCAAUGCCGCCGCCGCCCCUCCUACGACGGAUAAGAGCGAUAAGGGCGGCGGCGACGCGGACGCCAGCAUGGACGAGGAGCGCGAGUACGGCACGCCUGUCGGCCGCGCCGUCAAGCGCAAGAGAAAGGACGAUGCCGGAUACAGACCGGGCGGCUCGGCGAGCAGACCGUCCAAGAAGAAGCGUAAGAGCGACGCGGACACGCCAAGCGUACGCCGCGUGAAGAAGGAAGCGACCGAGUGA